CACGCUCCUCCGUACCCCAAGAUGAAAAUUUCUUAUUUUUUCACGGCAUCGUUGCAGGAUAUGAAGAAGAUUAUAUCGCAAAACAUGCUAACCCAGCUUUCCUUUCCACUCUAAAAGCCACAGAAAACAGGGAAAAUUGUUGCUCUCACACUAAGAGAUGGCUACUCUUCUCUGGCUACUCUUCUUCCAGCUGCUUCUCUCCUCAGCAUCGAAAGCUCAGAUGCCCGGUUUCGUAAGUCUGGAUUGUGGAGGUAAAGAUGAGCAUACAGAUGAUAUUGGGCUUCAAUGGAUUCCUGAUGAUCAAUUUAUAUAUGGUGGUCAAACUGCCACCAUAUCUAACCCAGGUGAGAACCCCAAGCAAUACAUGAAAGUAAGAUAUUUCCCUGCGGAUAGCAGAAAGUAUUGCUACACAUUAAGUGUGAAGACUAGAACCCGCUACCUCGUAAGAGCAAGUUUCUUAUAUGGAAACUUUGACAAAAGUAAUGUUUAUCCGAUGUUUGACCUCUCUCUUGGGGCAACUCAUUGGUCAACUAUUGUAAUUUCUGAUGCAAAUGUAAUUGAAGUUCGAGAGUUGACUUUGCUGGCUUCUUCUCGCUUGAUAAGUGUGUGUGUGUCAAAUGCUACCACCGGGCAACCAUUCAUUUCUACCCUUGAGCUUCGUCAGUUUAAUGGUUCACUCUAUUAUACGACCUAUGAAACUCAGUUCUUUCUCAGCCUAUCUGCAAGAAUAAAUUUUGGUGCCGAGAACAAUGAUUCAGUAAGGUUUCCAGAUGAUCCAUUUGAUAGAAUAUGGGAAUCUGAUUCUGCAAGAAGGGCAAAUUACCUUGUUGAUGUUGCUCCGGGGACUGAAAAAAUAUCCACUGAAAAGCCAAUAGAUGUUAGCACUGGUGAAAUGCCACCAGAAAAGGUGAUGCAGACAGCUGUGGUGGGUCAAAAUGGUUCUUUGACAUAUCGACUAGACUUGGAUGGUUUUCCAGCAAAUGGCUGGGCAUUCUCAUACUUCGCAGAAAUUGAUGAUUUUGGUCCAGAUGACACCAGGAAAUUUAAGCUAGUAAUUCCAGGCAUGCCGGCAUUUAGUAAACCCACUGUUGAUGUUCAAGAAAAUGCUCAAGGGAAGUACCGGCUCUAUGAACCAGGAUAUAACAAUGUGUCCCUACCAUUUGUCUUCUCUUUUGGGUUUAGAAAAACGAAUGAUUCAUCCAAGGGACCUAUCUUGAAUGCUUUGGAGAUUUAUAAAUACCUGCAGAUAAAUUUUGGUUCUCAAGAUGCAACUGCCAUGGGAAGUUUCGUUUCACACUAUCAAGAGGCAGAUUGGGCCCGAGAAGGUGGUGAUCCAUGUGUACCAGCUUCAUGGUCUUGGGUGCAGUGUAAUUCAGAUCAACAACCAAGAGUAGUUUCAAUCAAUUUAUCUGGGAAGAAUCUGGCAGGGAAUUUUCCUUUAGAACUGACAAAGUUACCAGACUUGGUUGAAUUGCGGCUUGAUGGGAACUUACUUACUGGUCCAAUACCUGAUUUUGGUGGAUGCCCAAAUCUGGAGUAUAUUCAUCUUGAGAACAAUGAACUCAGUGGUGCAUUACCUUCAUCCUUGGCGGACCUACCAAGUCUACGAGAACUGUACGUUCAGAAUAAUAUGUUGUCUGGAUUGGUGCCGCAAAGGCUUCUCAGUAAAAAUAUCAUUUUCAAUUAUUCAGGAAAUCCGCAUAUUCACAAGGGAAAGAAAGACACAGGUCGCAUAAUAAUUAUCAUCUGUUCUGUAACUGGAGUUUCUAUGCUGCUGGUCAUAAUUGGUAUAGCAUACUACUUGUUCACACGGAAAAAAGGGAAAAAUAUCCCAAAAGAUAAAGUUACCAGUGACCCUCCAGCUAAAAAGUUGAGUACUUUCUUCAGUGAAGUGGCGACAGAAUCAGCACAUAGGUAUUCAUUGUCUGAAAUUGAAGAUGCAACUGGGAAGUUUGAAAGGAGAAUAGGCUCUGGAGGUUUUGGGAUAGUAUAUUAUGGAAAGAUGGCAGAUGGAAAAGAAAUUGCAGUGAAAGUUCUCACCAAUGAUUCCUUCCAGGGAAUCAGAGAGUUCCUAAAUGAGGUGACACUGCUUUCUAGAAUUCAUCAUAGGAAUCUCGUCACAUUUCUCGGUUACAGCCAACAAGAUGGGAAAAACAUCCUUGUCUAUGAAUUUAUGCAUAAUGGAACUUUAAAGGAGAACCUUCGUGGACCUUCAGCUCAGGAAAGAACUCUUAAUUGGAUCAAGCGUCUUGAGAUUGCAGAAGAUGCUGCAAAAGGAAUUGAGUACCUUCACACGGGCUGCUUUCCCACCAUCAUUCAUAGGGAUCUGAAGAGUAGCAACAUUCUUCUUGACAAGCACAUGAGAGCAAAGGUCUCGGAUUUUGGUCUCUCAAAACCUGCAGUGGAUGGUUCCCAUGUCUCAAGCAUUGUUCGCGGAACUGUUGGAUAUCUGGACCCUGAGUACUACAUCUCUCAGCAAUUAACAGAAAAGAGCGAUAUCUACAGUUUUGGCGUUAUUCUUCUGGAGCUGAUAUCAGGUCAAGAACCAAUAUCCAAUGAAAACUUUGGCCUCAACUGCCGUAACAUUGUGGCCUGGGCAAAGUCAUAUAUUGAGAAUGGGAACAUUGAGGCUGUCAUUGACCCCAUGCUGCCGGAUGAUUAUAACGUGCAAUCAGUGUGGAAGAUUGCCGAGGCUGCAGUUAUGUGUGUCAAACCGCAUGGGAUUCAAAGGCCAACUAUAUCAGAAGUGCUCAAGGAAAUACAAGAAGCUAUUGCAAUCGAGCGAGUCUCGGGGCUUCAUGGAGAAUGCGCUGUUAAGGUAGUAUCAAAGAAAUCCAUGUGCUCUUCUGUGAAUAUGGACAUGAUUGGCUCAGCUACUCCUGAACAAAAUGUCUCUCUUCCUGAGUUGUUUGUGCAGCCAGGACUUCGAUAGCUACCAAUGCAGUGUGUAUUUUGCUAGUCAACAGAAAGCAAAGUUUCUGCUGCGAAAGAGCACCUGCAUGAUUCUCAUUCAAGUUCUUGUCAGGACAUCCUUAGUUCUCCCGAGCAUUUAAGUGAUGACCCAACCUUGAAAACAGGCUUCUGUUAUUGUCGCAUGUAAUCAGUUGUGGUAUUGUGGUUCAAGACUUUGUCCUGUAUAAUGAGUAGGCAUCAACUGGUACCCCUUUUUAUUAAUUAGCUUUUAUCCUUUUUCGCCCAUAAAUAUCUCAUAUUUUGUACCCACCCCCCUCGGCUGAUGGGUGUGGACUUAUCAGCUUUGUACGAAAUAGCGAUUUGAAACAUGUAAGCAAUUUCUUCAUAAGAACUCUUGUUUUAACAGCACCCUCUUUAAAUAUUGGAUGAUGGAUGUUGCUUGAA